ACUUUCUACGUAUAUUUAAAAUAUCUAUGUGUAUGUGUGCACUUGCAUUUUUUAAUUAAUUCAUAAAUUAGUUCUAUUCAUUUCAUGGAUUAUGUUUCGUUAUGCAGGAUGAGUUUGCUAGCUUGCCUGCUAUUGUUCCAAAAGGUCCCAUUGCCAUCUUUGGUUUGGGUGGUGGAACUACUGCUCGGCUAAUGCUUGACUUGUGGCCUUCAUUGCAACUUGAUGGCUGGGAGAUUGAUGGAAUUUUGAUCGAUAAAGCAAGAGAAUAUCUUGGGCUGUCAUAUCUUGAGAAACAUACUGUAGCUGGUGGCAUCCUUAAUGUUCAUAUCGGUGAUGCCCUUUCACAAUCAGUUAAUGUGUCUGAAGGAUAUGCUGGCAUUGUAAUUGACUUGUUUUCUGAAGGAAAAGUAUUGCCACAGUUGCAAGAGGUCAAUACUUGGUUAGAAUUGACUGAUAGAUUGAUGCCCAAGGGUUGUCUCAUGGUGAACUGCGGUGGCAUCAAUGAAGUAUCUGUUGUGACAGAUGGAGUGCCUCGUCCUGAGACUUCUUCAAUUGAUGGCCACUGAGUGCAAAAUUCUACUAUCCAGGCACUACUGAAAGCAUUUCCGGAACAAUUGAGCUGGAAGAGAAUGCCUAAAAGGGAUGGUGAAAAUUAUCUUGCACUAA